AUGACUUGUGGAGUUUGCUCUCAGCCUCAUCAUUAUUUGCUACAUCGGGAUGCAAGUGUUCUGCAGGCUCCGGCCGUGCCGACCCUGCAGACGCCCCGCGCUGCCGUGCAUGCAGCGGGGCCUUCGCCGCCGCGCUCCGUGAGUGUGACGCCCGCUUCAACUGGAACUGAGAAUCUUCACUCCGUGAGUGAAAAUUCAGGUUCUUACGGUGUAGUGUUGGGGACUACGAGGACUCUAGUGGUUGACAUCACCGGUCAACAUCAGAACUGCCGUGCGUGCGUGCGUGAUUCUGGAGCGCAAAGCUCAUUUAUUACUUUGAAUUGUGCUCAACGUUUGGGCUUACCUCGCAACAAAUGUCCUUACACAGUAUCAGGACUUGGAGGUGAACUUGUCAAAAACUUUGGCAUGGUGACGUGCGACUUGAAGCCGUGUAAAUCGGACGUUCCGAGUUUCCAGGUGGAGAUGGUCGUCGUGGAGAAAGUGUCAUCUGAAAUGCCAAAUGUUUCAUUUCCGCCAGAAGUUGUGGAAGAAUACAAGAAUUUUGAAUUGGCUGACCCGUUGUUUUUCGAGAAGUCAUCGGUGGAUAUUCUACUGGACAAUGGCGUCGUGUCCGAAUUGAUUAUGGACAAGCCUACUACUGUCAAGCCGAACAUUCCAAAGGUUAUUGAAACCAUUUUUGGGUACGUCGUUAGCGGAAGAUUAUACAACGACACCGCAACACCAACACGGAGUUUCCAUCUGACGAUUUCUCUAGAGAAGACUUUGGACAAAACGCUGCGUGACUUCUGGGAAGUAGAGGAAUUGCCGUGCAAACCUGUACUCAGCCCACAAGAUCAGCUGGCUGAAGAUAUUUACGUGCGUGAUCACUCCCGUGAUGAGGGGGGGAGGUAUAUCGUGCCGCUGCCUUUUGUUCCUGAUGCGCCGAUACUCGGAGACUCUCGCGCUGCUGCUGAGCGACGACUGCUAGCAACAGAGCGCAAACUCGCGCGCUCACCAGUGCUGCAGCAAGCUUACAAUGACUUCAUGUUGGAGUAUGAGAAACUAGACCACAUGGAAUUGUAUACUGGUAGCGAGCCGAGCAAAUAUCUUGUACCACAUCACAUUGACGAGCCGAUAAAAGUCUAUGAGUUGAAAACAAUCACAUAUGGCGUGAGUUCGAGUCCAUUUCUGGCCAUACGCACUUUACUACAAUUAGCCAGUGAUGAAGGCGAACGUUUCCCUUCUGCUGCUGAAGUUGUACGUCAAGGCAUCUAUAUGGAUGAUAUCCUGUGGUCAUGCGCCACCUUCUCUCAGGCAUGUGCAUUACAGGACGAGUUGAUUAAUAUGCUACAGUGCGGAGGACUUGUGCUUAAGAAAUGGUCGAGCAACUCUGAACAGUUGUUUGAGCGCGUCCCGGCCGAACAUCGUGAAACUACUGUCACUUUUCAGAAGGACAGGGAUGACGUUUCAAUUAAGCUUUUAGGCUUGAAAUGGUCUCCGAUGUUUGACGCGUUCAGCUUCUCAUUGAACAAACAAGAUACCGUCAAUACUAAGCGAUCUGUACUGAAGACUCUUGCGUCAAUUUAUGAUCCUGUUGGAUACAUUGCUCCAUGCACAUUUGUUGCAAAGUGCAUUCUUCAGGACCUUUGGAAGGUGGGUCUCGGUUGGGAUGAUCCGCUUCCUCAAGAUGUAUGCGAGCAGUGGUUGACGUUCAUUGACGAACUACCCCGACUAUCCGAGUUGCAGAUUCAACGGCAUAUCUUGCUUCCAAAUGUAACUGAAUGCGAACUUGUUGGAUUUAGCGACGCGUCUUCUCGUGGGUACGCCGCCUGCAUCUACGUCAUCUCACGACAUCAGUCUAACGUUAAGUGCAGAUUGUUGAUGGCAAGGUCAAAGGUAGCACCUGUCAAAGUUCAUACUAUCCCGAAAAUGGAACUUAUGGCCGCAGCACUUCUUGCAAAACUAAUGAAGUCCGCAGACCUUGCAGAAUAUUCUCAACCAGAGAUAUUGGAUCUUGUCGGCUCGUAG